AUGGCCCUUGCCAAAAAACUCAACAUCCCAGAUGACUCGCCGUUGCGCAAGGCUAAAGCUAUUCCUCUCCCAUUUCCUCCUCUUUCACCUCCAAGUCAGGCUGAAGAAAAAUCUGAGUCUGAGUCUGAUGCCGAAGAUGAGGAUAAGGAUGACGGUGAUGCUCUAGAUGAGGAGGUUAUUAAGGAGGCAACUCCUGAACAAGCAUCAUCCGACGUUCCUCUAGUCAAAAAAAAUCUUGAUGAAAUGCUCGCAGAGAUUGACGCCGAGAUUGAAGCAGAAAAGAUUGCCGAAGAGGUUCCACCAGAAUCUUCCGAGGUCCCAGCGCCUCCAGCUGUUAAUGCUGAAGAAUCCUGA